CGAAGUACCACAAAGAGGCAACGGAAAGCAGAUAUAUUGGUCUCUACUGCUUCUGUCGAUAACAAGCCGGCAAUUGAGUCCAUGAUAGGGCGCCCAGCACUCGGUUCUCUGGACAGUUUCAUUGAGACGAGAGGCAAAGUCAUUGGAAUAAAGACAGGUGAAAUAAGUCGACACUUUGAAGGAGAAGCCACAAUGGCUGCAAGUCAAGACGUUGUCAAGCCUUCCAGCCGUUUCAGAGUCAAGCAUGGAAAGAAACAUAAGAUACCACUCAUACCGACCCUCCCUCAAGCUCCUCAGAUUCAGCAACUAAAAGAUGGGACGCAAGUUUCACUAUUCUUAUCGACUACGCUCUUAAAGAGCCACCGCUCGCUUGUACAGUUCCUGGAAGGGAUGGAGAAUACACCAACUCUGGUAUAUAGAGACUACAACUACCCAAAAUCAAGCAAACAAGUGAAAAGCAUCCAAACACAGCAGAAUUUUGUCAGCGACACUCUCGCGUGCGAGGCGGACAUCAUCGUUUCACCUACAACGGGGGUCAUUCUAACUGCUUCCCAGGCCAUCAAUCAGCUAUACCUACCUGGCCACAAACCGAACGAUCCUGAAAUCAAAACGAUUCAAGAGAUCAAUUCUCCUUUGCGAGAACGGAUUUUUCGUCUCGCUCAUCGCUACGAGAGACUCUAUAUCUUCAUCUCUCAUUCACCAGUUGAAAACAGAGAUAGAACAGUGCUAGCAGCUGAUAAAGGCACGCUCGCCUCAGUGGCCUCCUUAACAGCCUUCUGCACAUCACUGUCAAGUCUUGCCAUAGUCAUCCCGCUGAUGAUUUCAUCCUUACCAUACUCUCAUGCGGAAUGGAUUCUCGCACUCGCCCACAAACACGCGACCGCAUUGCCGAAUACAGAGCGAGAUAUACUACCCAGCGGGUUUACAGCCAUCAAUGUCCCAGUUACUACUACCGACAGGAAGAAAACAAACCUCCAUUUGACCUUCUCCCCAGAGGAAACCCCUUGGGAGAUCUUCCUCCGUCGAGCAGGGCUGAAUCCAUUCGCUGCUCAAAUGGUCUUGGCCGACUUGGGACACCAUAACGGACAUGGGCCCCGAUACAAGAGCGACGGCUCUCACAUGCAUUUCUGUAAAGAAGACUCGGUGCUCUCGCGUUUUAUUGAGCUAGACUCAGAAGCUAGGGCUCGCCUGUUCAGUGAGGUCGUGGGGAUGAACACGAUAAAAAGAAUAGGCGACGUUAUUGACUGUGUUGUUGGUUGAGGCAGGCAUCUCGGAUGUAGCGUGUUUUUUUCUAUGGAAUCAUAUGUUGUGUCAUGUAUUCUCCGGCAGGGAAGAUGGCACUACAAGUAAUAUGGCCAAGAUAUGUGAAACCAUGAUAAGUGAAAAAAAAGAAGUUGAGU